AUGGAGCCGGAAAGUUGCCGGAAAAUCGAGGAGACGGUGGUGGACAUACUGAGGAGUACGAGCUUGGAUGAGAUGUCCGAGUUCAAAGUCCGAGCCGCCGCCUCGGAGCGACUCGGAAUCGAUCUCUCCGAUGUGGAGCGGAAGAGCUUCGUCCGCGGCGUGGUCGAGAGCUUCCUGAUUUCCACGGCGGAGGCGGCGGCGCCGGAGUCGGAGCCGCCGGGCGUUGGGGAAGAGAAAGAGGCGAGGUUGAAGAAGGAGGCGAAUGAGGACGGCGAGCGUUUUAUUUGUAAGCUGUCGAACAAGAGAAAUGUGGUGAUUCAUGAUUUCAGAGGGAAAACUUUGGUGUCGAUUAGGGAAUUCUAUAAGAAAGGUGGAAAGGAGCUUCCUAGUGCCAGAGGAAUUAGCUUGCCAGCUGAACAAUGGACAACGUUCAAAAAUAGUGUCCCUGCAAUAGAGGAAGCAAUUAAAAAGAUGGAAUCGAAGUUAAGAUCUGAAAUUAAUAGUAAACGAACCGAAGAUGGUAAAGAAGCUGAAGAUUUUAAACAAGCAGAAGAUGGCAAACAAACUGAAAGUAGCAAACAAAUUGAAAAUGGUAAACAAGCUGAAGAUGGCAAACGAACUGAAGGUAGCAAACAAAUUGAAAACGGCAAACGAAAUGAAGAUGGUAAACAAGCUGAAGGUGGCAAACAAUCUGAAAUUAGCAAACGAAUCGAAGAUAGCGAACAAAAUGAAGAUGGUAAACAAACUGAAGAUGCUAGACAAAGUGAGGACAUCUCUGCUUCACUGAAUGGUGUUGCUCCUCAUGAAUUUUUCUCCAUUGAAACUAGCCGUUUUAAUGGGAAGAACUACCCAAUCUGGGCACAACAAAUGGAGUUUCUGCUAAAGCAAUUGAAAAUUGGAUAUGUGCUUUUUGUUUCAUGCCCAGUCAUUACACUAGGCCCAGAAGCAAGUACCGACGAAAUUGCUCAAGCAAAGGCUGCUGAACAGAAAUGGAUGAAUGAUGAUUUUGUGUGCCGUCGCAGCAUUUUGAAUGCUCUAUCUGAUGAUCUGCUAAAUCUUUACGCAAGGAAAACUACUACUGCAAGAGAACUGUGGGAAGAUUUAAAACUAUUGCAUCUUUAUGAGAAAUUCGGAACAAAGAGAUCUCUGGUUAAGAAGUACAUGGAAUUUCAGAUGCUUGAAGGAAGACUGGUUUUGGAUCAAAUUCAAGAAUUUAAUGACAUUGCCGAUUCCAUUGUCGCUUCUGGAAUGGUGGUUGAGGAGAAAUUUCAUGUCGGUGCCGUUAUCUCCAAGCUUCCCUCAUCUUGGAAGGAUGUGAGUAUCAAGUUGAUGUCUGAGGAGCAUUUACCUUUUGCAAAGCUGAUGGAUCGGUUGAGGUUUGAAGAAGACUUGCGCAUCAGGGAGCAGCAGGGAUUACCGAUUAAUCACAUAGGUCAUCCACAAGUUAAUCAUGUAGGUAAUCCACCAGUGAAACCCAUACCAAGGAUGAGAGAUACGAAGCAGCGAAAUAUGCAAUGGAAGAGAUCGGACUCAGAGAUUGAUGGUAGAGUAAUAUGCCAAUUCUGUGGCAAGAAGGGGCACAUAUCUCAGAACUGUCGGUAUAAUAAUAAGAGGAAAUUUACCAAGCUCGAUGAUAGUCAUGAUGGAUCUAUGCCUAUGGAGGUUAACAUGCUGGAGGGGACUGUGGAUGGCUAACUUAGAUAUGCUACCAUCCCAUAUUUAACUCUUACACCAGGCAAGUACUGCUACAGUGUAUGAUAUGUACAUGUAUGCAGGAUUGCAGGUCAAAGUCUGCAUUAGGAUAAAUGUCAAUUACAUGUCUUUCUUGUAAGCAGGGUUUAGAAAUUGAUCUGUAAUGCUGUACCAUAAGGUUUUCCGGUUGUAAUGCUUAACCAUUCAUUCAUUCUUUCUUUGAAUCCUAGUGAUUGAGAUACCA